UUUCCUUCUAAGAACCCGAACCUCCCGUUUCUCUGUGUCCUCCAAAUUCCCAACUUCCACUGCGAGCGUCGAAUGAGACAGACAGCCCCAUUGAACUGGAGUUCAACAGCGCCAAGGAAGGGACACGACGGCAGACGGCGGUGGGAAACGAAGCCUGAGAGUUUCAAACGGAGGAUACGCUGACAUUCGUGGAGUUUUGUCACGAGAGCGGCAAUUAGCAAUGAGUUGGGGAACGGAGCUUUGGGACCAGUUUGAAAACCUUGACAAGCAUACGCAAUGGGGUAUCGACUUCCUGGAGAGGUAUGCAAAGUUUGUCAAAGAGAGGCUGGAGAUCGAGCAGACCUAUGCAAAGCAGCUGAGGAACCUGGUGAAGAAGUACUGUCCGAAGCGCUCCAAAGAGGAUGAACCCAGGUUCUCCUCAUGCCUGUCCUUCUACGCCAUCCUGAACGAGCUGAACGACUACGCCGGCCAGCGGGAGAUCGUGGCCGAGGAGAUGGGGCACAAGGUGUACGGGGAGCUGUUGCGAUACGGCCAGGACCUGAAAUCCGAGAGGAAGCACCACCUGCAGGAGGGCCGGAAGGCGCAGCAGUAUCUGGACCACUGCUGGAAACAGAUGGACAAUAGCAAGAAGAAGUUUGAGCGGGAAUGCAAAGAAGCGGAGAAAUCGCAGAUCAGCUACGAGAGGCUAGACAACGAUGCCAACGCCACCAAAUCAGAAGUGGAGAAGGCGAAGUCCCAGCUCUACCUGCGGACGCACAUGGCGGACGAGAGCAAGAAUGAGUAUGCCGCCCAGCUGCAGAACUUUAACGGGGAGCAGUGGAAGCACUUCAACGUGGCCAUCCCUCAGAUAUUCAAGAACCUGCAGGACAUGGACGAGCGGCGGACGGUCAAGCUGGGCGAGACGUACAGGAGCUUCGCCGAGGUGGAGAGGCGCGUCAUCCCCAUCAUCUCCAAGUGCCUGGACGGCAUGGUGGUGGCCGCCAAGUCGGUGGACGAGAGGAGGGAUUCGGCGAUUGUGGUGGAGUCUUUCAAGUCCGGCUUUGAGCCCCCGGUCGACUUCCCUUUCGAGGACUACAGUCAGAACAUCUACCGGACGGGCUCCGACGGCACCAUCAGCACGCCCAAGAACGAGGCGGUGCGGCCCGACCCGAAGCACUCCGUGAGCAGGGCCAAGAACAAGCUGUGGCUGUUUGGAAAGAAACCCAAGGCCCCGACGUUGGAAGACUUCAGUCACCUUCCGCCCGAACAGAGGCGCAAGAGGCUGCAGCAGCGGAUAGACGAGCUGAGCAAAGAGCUGCAGAAGGAGGUGGACCAAAGAGAUGCGCUGAACAAGAUGAAGGACGUGUACGAGAAGAACCCGCAGAUGGGAGACCCCGGCAGCCUGCAGCCCAAGAUCUCCGAGACCAUGUGCAACAUGGAGAGGCUGCGCUCGGAGAUCCAUAAGAACGAGAGCUGGCUGUCGGAGGUGGAGGGGAAACAGAGUUCGCGAGGAGACCGACGCGCCAGUGCAGAUGUCAACCACCAUGCGCCCCACGGCAGAGAGAGUCCUGAGGGGAGCUACACUGACGACCCCAGCCAGGAGCACCGCAGCCCCCCCCAGCCCGACCCCCACGAGUUCGACGACGAGUUUGACGACGACGACCCUCUCCCGGCCAUCGGCCACUGCAAAGCGCUCUACGGCUUCGACGGGCAGAACGAGGGCACGCUGGUGAUGAAGGAGGACGAGAUCCUGUACAUCAUCGAGGAGGACAAGGGCGACGGCUGGACGCGUGCCCGCAAGCAGAGCGGCGAGGAGGGCUACGUGCCCACGUCCUACGUGGAGAUCACGCUAGAGAAGAACAGCAAAGGUGCGGUCACCUACAUAUGACACGCGCGUGACUCUGACAAAAACUGGUCCUCCUCCUCCUCCUGCUCUGCACGCGCGGGCCUCCCCAAGCGGCCGGCGGCCCCGCCUACUCACGCCGUGAGCUCACGGACGGGGACGCGCUCUUAUUGGCCUCCCCCCCCCCCCCCGUGGCUCUGCGCACGCUCUCUACGUCUGAGCGCGCAAGGGCGGCUUCCAGAAGGUUCCGCACUACCUUGGGGACCGGCUCUGCCUGGGGGAGGAUCUGCUGUUUCAUGCGUCCCAGCUUUAAGCGUUAUUUAUGUUUUUAAUUGUAACUGAUUUGUUCAUUUUAAAAAAAUCUUUUUUUACAAAUUGUUAGAGAAAUGUGGCAUGUUCCUUAAUUCGUCCGAUUCCUUCAUUUACAAUCGAUCAUCUAUCUGCCACCGUUUUGUGAACAAAAAGGUUUGGGAAUGGUUUUCCUCCAUUUUGUGUCCCCUCUCGUCUUCUGGAGCACAAGGGUCUUACAUCACUGUCAUUUUAUGUCACGGUUUUACCUGGUAAAUCUAAGUGCUUAUUUCCUCUUCAUGCUGUUGGACGUUACUGCGUUUAUGCCUCCCACACUUCAGACUAAGGCGGCCACCCACUGAACAUGAGUUGCUCUUUUGCGGAUACCUCACAGGUGCUUUUAGCCUCCGGUCCUUGUAGCCCACCUCUUUAGCUGUGCGGUGUGCGUUAGGCUCCCCACCCGCAGGUGCGUGGCGUUAGCGCGCCGCACGGACGCGCGUAGGCGCGGGUGACCGCGACGCCUCGCGGGCCCAGUAACGCUCUUCUCUCUCUCCUCUUGGACUGCAGGUUCCUGAGUUGGAGGCGUGCGCGUGUCAGUCACGGUUUGGCCAGGCGUUGACGGAGGGUACACGCAGUUCUCGAUCUCUUGGGUCUGUGGGGAGGGGUUAGGGGAGUUGCCGAGAGGUUCAGCGGCAGGGUUGCAUGUUUGCAUGCAGGCAUCCAUUACCAUUUAACAUCAUUCCACAGCAGCGGAGGCUUCUGGGAAACCUCUUGGCGAGGCACUUUUGCUGCCAGCCUGCCUUUUACGCUGCUCUGAGCAGCACGUGCUUAACAUAUACUGGGCAGGAGAGCUAGACGGGUGAGGCUAAUAACAGGGUAGAUUACUGAGUCAGGGUGUCUGCACCCCAGAGAGAGCUGGGAUUGUAAUAAAAGUGUACUUCAUGACCUUAGGACAGUGUCCAGCACUAACAGCCUGCCUCGCUCCAUGCUCACCCCCGUGUACAGUAUGGAAUGUCUGCCUGUGCCGCUCUGUGUGCUCGCCGUAACACGUUCCAGCAUGACUCCCGACUCGAACCGCGGGCCCACACUCAGCCGGGCCCUAGACGCAUCUUGUGUUUUUAAUAUUCCGCCCAUUUGCAUCUAAACUUGUCUGUCAUCCGAUUCUUCUUCCUCAUCCUCCUCCUCCUCCUUUUUUUGUGUCUUGUGGUCGUUGCUUCACUCUUGAUACAUUUCCCCCAUGCCAGUACCUCCAUUCUGAAUGUUCAGUUUUAUGUUGCGCUGUUAUGAGUCCAUGUUGUGCCAAAAAAAGAGGUUAGCAGCUCAGUUUAGAAGCAGAAGCAGAACUGCAGUAGCCCCACGGCAAGCCCGCGCCCCACGGCCCCCCACCCCAACCCCCCCCGGAGCGAGGCCCCCCAUCCUCCACGCUUCUCUCUGCACCAGCACCCCGGACCAGAGCGAGGGAGAGAGGCGCAGUGACACCUACUGCCCAGCAGGGGGCACCUCUCCGCCACGCAGGAACAGGCCGCAAAGCCUGAAGACCCAGAGAUUCCUCUAGACGAAGUCAAUGAGAAAUACGUUUAAAAGCGGGCAGUUGCCAGUCGACACUCCAGCCCUCCAUGCAAUGUGUUUGCCUUAAUGGAACCAAACAGCGGGCCUCUACCAGCCCUGUGCCAGCCCCACAGUACUGGCACACAAGGGCUUGUUCCACUGCUGGCUGCCUAUGGUGCUUCUCUGGAGCCUGUCUCCACACAGCGUCUUCUCCCCCUCCCUCUCUCCCACUCUGUUUAUCUACUGCUCUCUACUUCUUUCCCUUUCUCUCUGUUGCUCUCUGUCGCUCUAUUACUCUGUUGUUCUUUCUCAUUCUUUAUUGCUCUCUCUCUGUCGCUCUUUUCAUUGCUGUCUCUGUCUCUCUCAGUGCUGCAGAUGCUGGGAGAGCAUGCUGCAGUUUCACAAUGGCUUCCAAAAGAGUGCUGCAUCUCCAAAACGUCCAUCUUAAGCGCAUACAUUUGUGAAUGUGAUUAUACAUAUAACAAUGCGUACGCAUAUUUAUGUGUAUGCAUACAUAUGUAUAUAUUUAGUUAGUUUUAUUACUGGACUUUGUAUGUAUUAACAUCUUUUAUUUCAUACUGAAUGUCUUUCUAUUGUGACUUUUUAUAGGGUUUUUAAUCAGGCGAAUGAUUCGCUCUCCAGAUCUGUGCUGUUAGCUCAUAUGUUAGUAAUCAUGCUUUCAUGGGAAACGUCAUUCACAAUAGGAACCUGGUCUUAUCUGGUCUAACUAAAUGCACUUUUCCCCUAUAACAUUUUAAAUAGAAAUGAAUAAAUGAAUGAGUGAAUGCAAA